CCCAGCUACACAGGAAGUAACGUUACAGCUACAAACAGUUGUUUGGCUAGUUAGCGAGUUAGCACGGCAGAUACAAUCUCUGACCCACGCUUAAACAAAGAUUGUAUAAAUUGAUAUAGAAACACUGGGAACGUGUGACAGAUUGUUAUGUUGGUGCUCUUUUAAUAAUAAUCAAUGAAAUGUCCAGCAAAAAGAGAAGUCGACACAGGGAGAGCAGCACAGACCGCAAGAAACACAAGGAAUCCAAAGAUGACCUGGAGAAGCUCAAGGUUCAGACCAAGAAACUCAGCCAAGAAGUGCAGAAGCUGAAGCACAUCGAGACGUUCUACGAAAAACCGCCUCCCGGACUAAUAAAGGAGAGGGAAGAGAAACCAGAGGAUUGCAUCCCUGAAUCAGAGGAAAAUGAAGAUGCCAGGAACUUCCUGGCAAGUGCUCCGACGAAGGGGCUGUGGAUGCCCCUUGGGAAGGAGGUGAAGGUGAUGCAGUGCUGGAGAUGCAAGCGCUACGGCCACAGGACUGGAGAUCGCGAGUGUCCCUUCUUCACAAAAGGGAAUCAAAAACUGGAGCAGUUCAGAGUGGCACAUGAAGACCCGAUGUACGACCUGAUCCGGGAAAACAAGAGGAAUGAAAAGGAAUCUAGGAUCCAGCAACUUCAGCAGCUGCUCCAGGACACCACCUCCUCCGACUCUGACAGCUCCUCCUCCUCCUCCUCCUCCUCCUCAUCCAAGCAGCACCACAGCAGCAAGAAGAAGAAGAAGGACAAGGAGAAGAAAAAGGAGAAGAAGAAGAAGGGAAAGGCCGACAAGAAGCCUAAGAAGAAGAAGAGGCGAACACAAUCCCACAAGUCCUCCCGGACCGGGGGCUCUGACUGACCCCUGUAGACCCCUGCGCUGCGUGAUCUCCAGGGAGCGGCACAGAGACUUUGGUUGGCAUGCAGCCCGCCCGCGGUGUCCACGGCAACAGGGGGAGGCUGUGAUGCUGGCAUUGAGGGGCCCGCCGCAGCAGCCCCCGCCGCCUGCGUUGUGACUAACGCAGGUCACCCCCACUCCCCCCCCCCACCCGGCGGCCCUGACCCUUUGAUAGAAUAAUCUAUGGAGGUUAAAUCACUCGGCUUCAUUUAAUUUUGAUCCAGCGUUUGAAUCCCCUUGACAUUCUCUUUAUUGGGUCACAAGCUACAGGGUGAUAAACUGCGUGUGUGCGUGUGUGCGUGUGUGCGCGUGUGCGCGUGUGCGCGUGUGCGCGUGUGCGCGUGUGCGCGUGUGCGUGUGUGUGUGUGUGUGUGUGUGUGUGUGUGUGUGUGUGGUCCUUCCAGUAGUGUCAAAGUGCACUAAUUGCAUGGCUUCUGAGUUGAGUAAUGUAAAGGAUCUUUCCUUGUUGGUCUUUGGGAGGAAAAUUAGUUGGCGAAUGCAGCAUGUCAUUAUCCGAUUGUAUUUUCAUUGAAUUGGCAUUUUUCUUCGGUGCCGUUUUGCUGGAAGGAAGGAUGUUAACCAUAGGAUUGUACAACAUGGUUGUUGGUUUGCCUUAUUUUAUAGUUCUUUGACAAAAGCAAAUGUUAAAGCCAACACAUGCAGGAAUGUUAAUGCUUUUGACUGUUGUAGCCUAUAAAACAUCAGUUAUCAUAUCUGAAAAAGGGUGGUCUUCUCCAAAAGUCAAAGCAACGAUGUAUAGGAUUUUUUUUACCUAUUUAUGGCAAACAAAUGACUGUUAUCCCGCUGUUGUUUGGCAAAUUCUAAUAAAAAACAAAGUGUCAUAUCA